GACUAAUGGCAAAGAAGUAAACCAGCAUGGCAGCUAUGGUCCCACCUGUGAAGCUGAAGUGGCUUGAACACCUAAACAGCUCAUGGAUCACAGAAGACAGUGAAUCUAUUGCAACAAGGGAGGGAGUCUCUGUCUUGUAUGCUAAGUUAGUUAGCAAUAAAGAAGUAGUGCCAUUGCCCCAGCAGGUUCUGUGCCUCAAGGGACCUCAGUUACCAGAUUUUGAGCGGGAAUCUCUAUCUAGUGAUGAGCAGGACCACUACUUGGAUGCCCUUCUUAGCAGCCAGCUGGCACUGGCAAAGAUGGUGUGCUCAGACUCUCCGUUCGCUGGAGCUCUGCGAAAGCGUCUCCUCGUGCUGCAGCGAGUCUUCUAUGCACUUUCUAACAAGUACCACGACAAGGGGAAGGUGAAGCAGCAGCAGCACUCACCAGAAAGCAGCUCUGGCUCCACAGACGUGCACUCUGUCAGCGAGCGCCCCAGGUCGAGCACCGACGCGCUGAUAGAAAUGGGAGUUCGGACUGGGCUGAGCUUGUUAUUUGCACUGCUGAGACAAAGCUGGAUGAUGCCUGUGGCAGGACCUGGCCUCAACCUCUGCAAUGAUGUUAUCCAUACUGCAAUAGAAGUUGUGAGCUCUUUACCACCUUUAUCUCUAGCAAAUGAAAGCAAGAUUCCACCUAUGGGUUUGGACUGUUUGUCACAAGUAACAACUUUUCUUAAAGGAGUAACGAUUCCAAACUCUGGGGCAGAUACUCUAGGUCGUAGAUUAGCUUCUGAGUUGCUUCUUGGUUUGGCUGCCCAACGAGGUGCCUUGAGAUACCUUCUUGAAUGGAUAGAAAUGGCUUUAGGUGCUUCAGCUGUGGUAAACACCAUGGAGAAAACCAAGUUACUGCAAAGUCCAGAAGGGAUGAUCAGCUUUGAUUGCUUUAUGAGCAUAUUGACCCAGAUGCGACGAUCUCUGGGAUCAUCUGCUGACCGAAGUCAAUGGAGAGAGCCAACCAGAACAUCAGAUGGCUUGUGUUCUCUGUAUGAGGCAGCUCUGUGUUUAUUUGAAGAGGUUUGUCGAAUGGCCUCAGACUAUUCCAGGACAUGUGCCAGCCCUGACAGCAUUCAGACAGGUGAUGCUCCCAUUGUGUCAGAGACCUGUGAGGUGUAUGUGUGGGGCAGUAACAGCAGCCACCAGCUGGUGGAAGGAACUCAAGAGAAAAUACUUCAACCCAAGCUUGCUCCAAGCUUUUCUGAUGCACAGACGAUUGAAGCUGGACAAUAUUGUACAUUUGUCAUUUCUACGGAUGGUUCUGUUAGAGCCUGUGGAAAAGGCAGCUAUGGGAGACUGGGACUGGGAGACUCCAACAAUCAGUCCACCUUGAAAAAAUUGACUUUUGAGCCUCACAGGUCUAUUAAAAAGGUGUCAUCUUCAAAAGGAUCUGAUGGUCACACUUUAGCAUUUACAACAGAAGGGGAAGUCUUCAGCUGGGGUGAUGGUGACUACGGAAAACUGGGACAUGGAAAUAGUUCAACUCAGAAAUAUCCCAAACUUAUUCAGGGUCCCCUGCAAGGGAAGGUGGUGGUGUGUGUAUCAGCAGGCUACAGACACAGUGCUGCUGUUACAGAGGAUGGAGAGCUGUACACGUGGGGAGAAGGAGACUUUGGAAGAUUGGGUCACGGUGACAGCAACAGCCGCAACAUUCCAACUUUAGUAAAAGAUAUCAGCAAUGUAGGAGAGGUCUCCUGUGGCAGCUCACACACCAUAGCUCUGUCCAAAGAUGGGAGAACAGUGUGGUCCUUUGGAGGAGGAGACAAUGGCAAACUUGGUCAUGGUGAUACAAAUAGAGUAUAUAAACCUAAAGUUAUAGAAGCCUUGCAGGGAAUGUUUAUUCGAAAAGUUUGUGCUGGCAGUCAGUCUUCCCUUGCCUUGACAUCAACAGGGCAGGUUUACGCGUGGGGCUGCGGGGCCUGCCUUGGCUGUGGCUCCUCAGAGGCGACUGCUCUCAGACCCAAGCUCAUUGAGGAGCUGGCAGCUACCAGGAUAGUUGACAUUUCCAUUGGUGACAGUCACUGCUUGGCACUUUCUCAUGAUAAUGAAGUUUAUGCUUGGGGUAACAAUUCAAUGGGACAAUGUGGACAGGGAAACUCUACUGGCCCCAUUACUAAACCAAAGAAAGUCAGUGGUUUAGAUGGAGUUGCAAUUCAACAGAUCUCGGCGGGAACAUCCCAUAGCCUUGCCUGGACAGCUCUUCCAAGGGACAGGCAAGUUGUGGCAUGGCACAGACCCUAUUGUGUUGACCUUGAAGAAAGCACCUUUUCACAUCUUCGUUCUUUUCUUGAGCACUACUGUGACAAAAUUAACAGUGAAAUUCCUCCUCUUCCUUUUCCUUCAUCAAGGGAACAUCACAAUUUUCUUAAGUUGUGUUUGAAGCUGCUUUCCAAUCACCUUGCACUUGCACUGGCUGGAGGUGUAGCCACCAGCAUUCUUGGCCGCCAGGCUGGUCCUCUUCGAAACCUCUUGUUCAGGCUGAUGGACUCUUCUGUCCCUGAUGAAAUUCAAGAAGUUGUAAUUGAGACACUGUCAGUUGGAGCAACUAUGCUGCUUCCUCCAUUGCGAGAGAGAAUGGAAUUGCUACAUUCUCUUCUACCCCAAGGUCCUGAUAGAUGGGAAAGCUUAUCAAAAGGACAGAGAAUGCAGUUGGACAUCAUUCUGACCAGCCUGCAGGAUCACACCCACGUAGCCUCCCUGCUUGGCUACAGCUCCCCAUCUGAUAGCACAGAAACUGCCUCGAUGUGUAUCAGCUAUGGGAACCUCUCUGAUCAAACAUAUGCUGUCCAGAGCAGUCAUCCAGACACUCAUCUAGCUGAAAUCUUAAUGAAGACUCUUCUUAGAAACUUGGGAUUUUAUACAGACCAAGCCUUUGGAGAACUGGAAAAAAACAGUGAUAAAUUUCUGCUAGGUACAUCAUCCUCAGAAAACAGCCAACCUGCUCACUUGCAUGAGCUUUUAUGUUCCCUACAGAAACAAUUGCUGGCUUAUUGCCACAUCAACAGUGUUACUGAGAAUUCCAGCAGUGUGGCGUUGCUUCACAAGCACCUUCAGCUUUUGUUGCCUCACGCUACAGAUAUCUAUUCCCGUUCUGCAACACUGCUCAAGGAAAGCUCUUGGAAUGGCAGUGUUGGGGAAAAACUGAGAGAUGUGAUUUAUGUAUCAGCUGCUGGCAGUAUGCUCUCCCAGAUUGUCAACUCUCUGUUGCUGCUGCCAGUGUCAGUAGCCCGGCCUUUGCUGAGUUACCUGCUGGAUCUGCUGCCCCCUUUGGAUCGUCUCAACAGGCUCUUGCCUGCUGCAGCCCUUCUGGAGGAUCAGGAAUUACAGUGGCCUCUUCAUGGUGGCCCUGAGCUGAUCGAGCCUGCGGGCGUGCCCCUGCCGCAGCCCGCCCAGUCCUGGGUGUGGCUGGUGGACCUGGAGAGGACGGUGGCGCUGCUGAUCGGGCGCUGCCUGGGGGGGAUGCUGCAGGGCCCCCCGGUGUCCCCUGAGGAGCAGGACACGGCCUACUGGCUCAAAACGCCGCUGUUCAGCGACGGAGCAGAGAUGGAUAUUCCUCACCUAGAUAAAUGCAUGAGCUCCUUGUUAGAAGUGGCUCUGUCUGGCAAUGAGGAGCAGAAGCCCUUUGAUUACAAGCUGAGGCCGGAGAUCGCAGUCUAUGUUGAUUUGGCCUUGGGCUGUACCAAAGAGCCGGCCAGGAGCCUGUGGAUCAGCAUGCAGGACUAUGCUGUCAGUAAAGAUUGGGAUACUGCAACUUUAAGUAAUGAAUCCCUCCUAGACACUGUGUCCAGAUUUGUCCUUGCAGCUCUUCUGAAACACACGAGUUUACUUAGUCAAGCUUGUGGUGAGAGCAGGUACCAGCCUGGAAAGGCUUUGGCAGAAGUUUACCGCUGUGUGUAUAAAGUUCGGAGUCGCUUGCUUGCCUGCAAGAACAUGGAGCUGAUUCAGACCAGGUCAUCCUCCAGAGACAGAUGGAUGCUAGAUAACCAGGAAUCUGCUGAUGUUGAUACUCAAGAACAUUCUUUUACUCGUACAAUUGAUGAAGAAGCAGAAAUGGAGGAGCAGGCAGAACGUGACAGGGAGGAAGGACACCCAGAGCAAGAAGACGAAGAGGAGGAAAGAGAACAUGAAGUUAUGACAGCUGGGAAAAUAUUUCAGUGUUUCCUGUCGGCCCGUGAGGUCGCUCGCAGUCGGGACCACGACAGGAUGGGCACGGGCGCGGGGCCCAGAGCUGAUGAUCCACCCGCCCAAUCCCAGCAGGAGCGGAGGAUCAGCACGGAUCUGACAGAAGGGCAGGAUGUGUACACUGCUGCCUGCAACUCUGUGAUCCACAGAUGUGCCUUGCUGAUCCUGGGCGUGAGCCCUGCCAUCGAGGAGCUGCAGAAGCGAAGGGAGGAUGGGCAGCUCCAGCAGCCGCCCUCUGCUGCUCCAGAGGGCGUCGGCCUCAUGACCAGGAGUGAAAGUCUUACAGCAGAAAGCCGCUCAAUCCAUGCAAACUCAAGCUACAGGCUGAUGAAGUCAAGAAGUGAAUCUGAUUUGUCUCAGCCAGAAUCAGAUGAGGAAGGUUAUUCACUGAGUGGAAGACGAAAUGUUGAUUUGGAUUUGGCAGCAUCUCAUAGGAAGAGAGGAGCAAUACACAGCCAAAUGGAAUCUCUGAGUGACUCUUGGGUUCGACUGAAACACAGCAGAGAUUGGUUGUACACAUCCUCCUACUCAUUUGUUGAGUCCGAUUUUGACCUCUCAAGAUCCCUUGGAGUUCAUACCUUGAUUGAAAACGCUGUCAGUUUUGUAAGUGGAGAUGUGGGAAACUCCCCAGGAUUUAAGGAACCAGAGGAAAGUAUGUCCACCAGUCCACAAGCAUCAGUAAUUGCAAUGGAGCAGCAGCAGUUGAGGGCUGAGCUUCGUCUGGAAGCACUUCAUCAGAUUUUGGUGCUUCUGUCAGGAAUGGAGGAGAAAGGCUGUGUGCCAUUAAUGGGAAGCCGCCAGGUGCCAGGAUUUCAGUCUUCUUCUCUGCUUACUUCUGUGAGACUCCAGUUUCUUGCUGGCUGCUUUGGUCUGGGCACUGUAGGACAUGCAGGGGCCAAAGGAGAGAGUGUAAGAUUGCAUCACUACCAGGAUGGUAUCAGAGCAGCCAAGAGGAGUAUUCAGAUUGAAAUCCAGGUGGCUGUGCACAAAAUUUACCAGCAAUUAUCUGCUACUUUAGAAAGAGCUCUGCAAGCUAAUAAGCAUCACAUAGAAGCACAGCAGCGUCUUCUGUUGGUGACAGUGUUUGCUCUCAGCGUGCACUAUCAGCCUGUGGAUGUGUCCUUGGCCAUUUCCACGGGGCUGUUAAAUGUGCUGUCCCAGCUGUGUGGCACAGACACCAUGUUGGGGCAGCCCCUGCAGCUGCUGCCCAAAACUGGGAUUUCUCAGCUCAGCACAGCUUUGAAAGUAGCCAGCACAAGACUGCUGCAGAUCUUGGCUAUCACCACAGGAACCUAUGCAGAUAAACUGAGCCCAAAGGUGGUGCAGUCCUUGCUGGAUUUAUUGUGCAGCCAGCUGAAGAACUUGCUGUCACAAGCUGGUGUGAUGCUGAUGGCUUCCUUUGGAGAAGGGGAAGGUGAGGAAGGCGAAGUGGAAUCAAAAAAGGCAGAUUCAAAUGGGGAUAAUGAGAAGAGAGACUUCAGAGCUGCCCUCCGAAAGCAGCAUGCAGCAGAAUUGCACCUGGGAGACUUCCUUGUUUUCCUGCGUAGAGUUGUGUCUUCAAAAGCAAUUCAGUCCAAGAUGGCAUCUCCAAAGUGGACAGAAGUCCUUCUUAACAUUGCUUCCCAGAAGUGUUGCUCAGGAGUUCCCUUGGUUGGCAAUUUGAGGACCAGACUGCUUGCACUUCAUGUACUGGAAGCUGUGUUACCUGCAUGUGAAUCUGGCGUUGAAGAUGAUCAGAUGGCUCAGGUUGUUGAGCGGUUGUUCUCACUUCUGUCUGACUGCAUGUGGGAGAGUCCAAUAGCCCAGGCCAAACAUGCAAUUCAAAUAAAGGAGAAAGAGCAAGAAAUAAAGCUCCAGAAGCAAGGAGAAUCUGAGGAUGAAGAUGAGAAUCUUCCCAUCCAGGAAGUGUCCUUUGAUCCUGAGAAAGCUCAGUGCUGCAUAGUGGAGAAUGGGCAGAUUCUAACUCAUGGAAGUGGAGGCAAAGGAUAUGGCUUAGCUUCCACUGGAGUUACUUCUGGGUGUUACCAGUGGAAGUUCUACAUCGUGAAGGAGAACAGAGGCAAUGAAGGCACCUGUGUGGGGGUGUCUCGCUGGCCCGUGCACGACUUCAACCAUCGCACUACCUCAGACAUGUGGCUCUACAGAGCCUACAGUGGCAACCUGUACCACAAUGGAGAGCAGACUUUGACUCUGUCAAGCUUCACCCAAGGAGAUUUCAUUACAUGUGUGUUAGAUAUGGAAGCAAGAACUAUUUCCUUUGGUAAAAAUGGAGAGGAGCCAAAACUAGCUUUUGAAGAUGUGGAUGCAGCUGAGUUAUACCCUUGUGUUAUGUUCUAUAGCAGUAACCCAGGAGAGAAGGUGAAGAUCUGUGACAUGCAGAUGCGUGGGACACCAAGAGAUUUGCUGCCUGGGGAUCCCAUCUGCAGUCCUGUUGCUGCAGUGCUGGCAGAAGCCACCAUCCAGCUCAUUCGAAUCCUGCACCGCACAGACCGCUGGACACACUGCAUCAAUAAAAAAAUGAUGGAAAGAUUGAAUAAAAUCAAAACAUGUCUUAAGGAAGCAGGUCAAAAACUGAAGAAAAGUCGCUCUGUUCAAAGCCGAGAAGAGAACGAGGUGAGAGAGGAGAAGGAGAACAAAGAGGAGGAGAAAAGCAAGCACAGCCGCCAUGGGCUGGCAGAGCUGUCAGAGCUGCAGCUGAAGAUGCUCUGUGUGGAGGUGUGGCCUGUCCUGGCAGUGAUUGGAGGAGUGGAUGCUGGGCUCAGAGUUGGAGGCCGAUGUGUGCACAAGCAAACGGGCCGUCAUGCCACCCUGCUGGGAGUGGUGAAGGAGGGCAGUACCUCUGCCAAGGUCCAGUGGGAUGAAGCAGAGAUUACAAUCAGCUUCCCAACUUUUUGGUCGCCUAGUGAUACUCCGUUGUAUAAUCUGGAGCCCUGUGAGCCACUGCCUUUUGAUGUUGCAAGAUUUCGUGGGCUGACAGCUACUGUGUUACUGGACCUUACCUAUCUGACUGGCAUUCAUGAAGAUACGGGAAAGCAAAGCACCAAGAGACACGAGAAAAAACACAGACAUGAAUCUGAAGAUAAAGGGGAAAUGGACCAGAAAAUGGAGGGUGACACUGGAUCAGAUACACGAUUAGGCCAAAGUGCUGAUGAUAACAAAGGACACGGUGCUACAACCUCUAAGUCGGAAAAUGAAAUUGUUUCCUUUUCUCUAGAACCAUCAACACUAGGUAUGGAAUCCCAACACCAGCCUGCUGAAGGAAGAAAAAAGAAUCACGAGCACACCCCACGAAGUCACGAUAUAGUGCAGUCAGAAAUCCGAGCUGUACAGCUGUCUUACCUUUAUCUUGGUGCUAUGAAGUCCCUUAGUGUUCUUCUCAGUUGUAGUAAGUAUGCUGAGCUGCUGUUGAUCCCCAAAGUGCUGGCGGAGAACGGGCACAACUCGGACUGCGCGGGGUCGCCGGUGGUGCACGAGGACGUGGAGCUGCGCGCGGCGCUGCAGUUCCUGAUGCGGCACAUGGUGAAACGCGCCGUCAUGCGCUCGCCCAUCAAGAGAGCGCUGGGGCUGGCCGACCUGGAGCGGGCACAGGCCAUGAUCUACAAACUGGUGGUUCAUGGGCUGCUGGAGGACCAGUUUGGUGGCAGACUUAAACAAGAAGUGGAGCAACAAGUAGAAGAAGGUGAUCAGUCUCAGCAAGCCCAAACACCAGUUACAACCAGCCCUUCUGCUUCUAGCACAACAUCUUUCAUGAGCAGCUCUCUGGAGGAUACCACCACUGCUACUACUCCAGUGACUGAUACAGAAACAGUUCCAGCAUCAGAAUCACCUGGUGUUAUGCCUCUCAGUCUGCUGAGGCAAAUGUUCUCCAGUUAUCCUACCACAACUGUACUUCCAGCACGACGUGCUCAGACUCCUCCAAUAUCUUCUUUACCAACAUCUCCUUCAGAUGAAGUUGGAAGGAGACAAAGUUUGACCUCUCCAGACUCCCAGUCUGCAAGGCCUGCCAAUCGCACAGCUUUGUCUGAUCCAAGCAGCCGACUUUCAACAUCCCCUCCUCCUCCUGCCAUUGCUGUUCCCUUGCUGGAAAUGGGGUUCUCCCUCAGGCAGAUUGCAAAAGCUAUGGAAGCUACAGGUGCCAGAGGAGAAGCAGAUGCACAGAACAUCACAGUGCUGGCCAUGUGGAUGAUUGAGCACCCUGGCAAUGAGGAUGAUGAAGAGCCUCAGUCAGAGGGGACUGCAGAGUCACGGCACGGAGCAGUCGUCUCUGGCAGCAGUGGGAAAUCUGGGGAUCAUUGCUAUUUGCAGUCUCCAGGGGAUAUCCCUUCUGCUGAUGCCCCUGAAUUGGAGGAGGGCUUUAGUGAGAGCCCUGAUAACCUGGAUCACGUGGAUAACGCGGCUGCAGCGAGCGGCCCUCCCUCUCGAAGUCGGUCAGCUGUCACACGGAGGCACAAAUUUGAUUUGGCUGCCCGAACGCUGCUGGCACGUGCUGCGGGAUUGUACCGCUCAGUGCAGGCCCACAGGAACCAGAGCCGCAGGGAAGGGAUCUCCUUGCAGCAAGAUCCAGGGGCACUCUAUGACUUCAACUUGGAUGAGGAGCUGGAGAUCGACCUUGAUGAUGAAGCAAUGGAAGCUAUGUUUGGGCAAGACCUGGCUAGUGAUAAUGAUAUUCUGGGAAUGUGGAUCCCAGAGGUACUGGAUUGGCCUACCUGGCACGUGUGUGAAUCUGAAGAUAGAGAAGAGGUGGUGGUUUGUGAGCUGUGUGAAUCCAGCGUGGUCAGCUUCAACCAGCACAUGAAGAGGAACCACCCUGGCUGCGGGCGCAGCGCCAACCGCCAGGGCUACCGCAGCAACGGCUCCUACGUGGACGGCUGGUUCGGCGGCGAGUGCGGCAGUGGCAACCCCUACUACCUGCUCUGUGGAAUCUGCAGAGAGAAAUACCUGGCCCUCAAGAGCAAAUCUAAAAUAUCAGCCUCUGAAAGGUACAAAGGCCAGGCACCUGAUCUAAUAGGUAAACAAGACAGUGUCUAUGAAGAAGACUGGGACAUGUUAGAUGUGGAUGAAGAUGAGAAGCUGACAGGAGAAGAGGAGUUUGAGCUGUUGGCUGGGCCCCUUGGGUUAAACGAUCGACGCAUUGUGCCCGAACCCGUUCAGUUCCCUGACAGUGACCCUCUGGGUGCUUCAGUUGCGAUGGUGACAGCCACCAACAGCAUGGAAGAAACACUGAUGCAGAUAGGCUGUCACGGCUCAAUAGAGAAAAGCUCUUCUGGCAGAAUAACCUUAGGAGAACAAGCAGCUGCCCUGGCCAAUCCCCAUGACCGCGUCAUGGCUCUCAGAAGAGUGACAGCUGCUGCCCAAGUGCUCCUGGCAAGAACAAUGGUUAUGAGAGCACUGUCACUUCUGUCUGUCAGUGGUUCCAGUUGCAGCCUGGCAGCUGGCCUGGAGUCCCUGGGGUUGACAGACAUCCGCACUCUGGUUCGUUUGAUGUGCCUGGCGGCAGCGGGGAGGGCAGGCCUGUCCACGAGCCCGUCCACGGUGUCCAGCUCCACGGAGAGAUCCAGGGGCAUCCACAGCAAAACCAGCAAGCCCAUCUCUUGCCUUGCCUACCUGAGCACUGCAGUUGGCUGCUUGGCAUCAAACACUCCCAGUGCUGCAAAGCUGCUGGUGCAGUUAUGUACACAGAAUUUGAUUUCUGCAGCAACUGGUGUGAACUUGACAACAGUCGAUGAUCCAAUUCAGAGAAAAUUUUUACCAAGUUUUUUAAGAGGAAUUGCUGAAGAAAACAAACUUGUCACAUCUCCAAAUUUUGUGGUUACUCAAGCACUAGUAGCAUUGUUGGCCGACAAAGGGGCCAAACUGAGGCCAAACUAUGAUAAAGCUGAAAUUGAAAAGAAAGGCCCUCUGGAGCUGGCGAACGCGCUGGCCGCGUGCUUAAAUGCUGUCAUGACAUGUGUUUGGUGCAAUAAAAAGGGACUUUUGGCAACAAGUGGGAAUGAUGGCACCAUCAGAGUGUGGAAUGUGACAAAGAAGCAAUAUUCACUGCAACAGACCUGUGUGCUCAACAAGCUAGAGGGUGACUCUGAAGAAGGUCUGGGGUCACCCAGUGACCUUAGUUUAUCUCUUGUCUGUUGGAGCAUCAGUGGCAAGUACCUGGCUGGAGCUACAGAAAAGAUGGUGAACAUCUGGCAAGUCAAUGGAGGAAAAGGCUUAUUGGAUCUUCAGUCUCACUGGGUAUCUGCUCUAGCCUGGCCAGAAGAAGGGCCAGCUGCAGCAUGGACAGGAGAUGCUCCAGAAUUGUUGUUAAUUGGGCGCAUGGAUGGCUCUCUGGCUCUUAUUGAAGUUGUGGAUAUUUCAGCCAUGCACAGGCUGGAACUGGAACACUGCUACAGAAAGGAUGUGUCUGUCACAUGCCUGGCCUGGUUCAGUGAAGACAGACCAUUUGCUGUUGGCUAUUCAGAUGGAAAAUUGCUCCUGGGAACAAAGGAACCGACUGAGAAAGGAGGAGUCGUUCUCAUUGAUGCACAUGAGGACACAGUUGUUAGUAUGAAGUGGGAUCCAACUGGAAAGAUUCUGCUGACCUGUGCCAAAGAGGAGACAGUGAAGCUCUGGGGGUGCCUGGGAGGCUGCUGGAGGCGCCUGCACUCCCUGUCCCACCCAGCCCUGGUCAACGGCAUUGCCUGGUGUGCCCUGCCAGGGAAAGGACCCAAGGCCCAGCUCCUGUUGGCUACGGGAUGCCACAAUGGUUUGGUGUGUGUCUGGACUGUUCCCCAGGACAUAAUAAUCACAUUGCAGUCCAGCUCAGCUUGCUCAGAGGGAUGGUGGGAACAAGAAACAAGUGCCAAGGAUGGGUACAGGAAGGCAGUGGAGGUGCAGUGUGUGUUCCAGCUGAGAGGACACAUCACUCCUGUCCGCACUGUUGCUUUCAGUCCUGAUGGGCUGGCCUUGGUCUCUGGGGGCCUUGGUGGCCUCAUGAAUAUCUGGUCUUUACGGGAUGGUUCAGUGUUGCAGAGUGUGGUGAUAGGGUCUGGAGCUAUCCAGACUGCUGUGUGGAUCCCUGAGGUUGGAGUUGCUGCCUGCUCUAACAGAUCAAAGGACGUGUUGGUGGUGAACUGCACCUCGGAGUGGAUCUCUUCCAACCACGUGCUGGCGACGUGCAGGACGGCGCUGAAGCAGCAGGGAGUUCUGGGCUUGAACAUGGCGCCGUGCAUGCGCGCCUUCCUGGAGCGCCUGCCCGUGAUGCUGCAGGAGCAGUACGCCUAUGAGAAGCCCCAUGUGGUGUGUGGGGACCAGCUGGUUCACAGCCCCUACAUGCAGUGCUUGGCAUCCCUGGCCGUGGGGCUGCACCUGGACCGGCUGCUCUGCAACCCCCCCGUGCCCCCUCACCACCAGAGCUGCCUCCCCGACCCCUCUGCCUGGAACCCCACCGAGUGGGCCUGGCUCGAGUGCUUCUCCACCACCAUAAAGGCUGCUGAAGCCCUGGCCAAGGGAGCUCAGUUCCCAGAGUCCUUCACUGUCCCAGACCUGGAGCCUGUUCCAGAGGAUGAGCUUACUCUCCUGAUGGAUAACAGUAAAUGGAUCAAUGGCAUGGAUGAACAGAUCAUGUCUUGGGCAACAUCAAGGCCAGAGGAUUGGCACUUGGGAGGCAAAUGUGACGUGUACCUGUGGGGAGCAGGGCGGCACGGGCAGCUGGCAGAGGCGGGCAGAAAUGUCAUGAUCCCAGUGGCAGCACCUUCAUUCUCCCAGGCCCAGCAGGUGGUUUGUGGUCAGAAUUGUACUUUUGUCAUCCAAGCCAAUGGCACAGUUUUGGCUUGUGGUGAAGGGAGCUAUGGGCGACUGGGACAAGGAAAUUCUGAUGAUCUUCAUGUGCUAACUGUCAUUUCAGCACUGCAAGGCUUUGUGGUGACACAGCUGGUGACCUCGUGUGGCUCUGAUGGACAUUCCAUGGCUCUGACAGAAAGUGGGGAGGUGUUCAGCUGGGGAGAUGGGGACUAUGGCAAGCUGGGCCACGGCAACAGCGACAGGCAGCGCCGGCCCCGGCAGAUCGAGGCUCUGCAGGGAGAAGAAGUCGUGCAGAUGUCAUGUGGCUUCAAGCACUCAGCUGUGGUGACAGCAGAUGGCAAACUUUUUACCUUUGGAAAUGGUGAUUAUGGUCGGUUGGGGCUUGGAAAUACUUCAAAUAAGAAACUUCCAGAAAGAGUGACGGCGCUGGAAGGUUACCAGAUUGGCCAGGUUGCCUGUGGCCUCAAUCACACUGUGGCCGUGUCAACGGAUGGCUCAAUGGUUUGGGCUUUUGGAGAUGGAGAUUAUGGUAAACUUGGUUUGGGAAAUUCUACUGCCAAGUCUUCACCACAGAAAGUGGAUAUUCUUUGUGGAAUUGGAAUAAAAAAAGUUGCCUGUGGAACUCAGUUCUCGGUUGCACUGACAAAAGAUGGUCACGUGUAUACUUUCGGCCAAGAUCGCCUGAUCGGGCUGCCCGAGGGCCGCGCCCGCAACCACAACCGGCCCCAGCAGGUGCCGCUGCUGGCCGGGGUCUUCAUCGAGGACAUCGCCGUGGGCGCCGAGCACACGCUGGCCCUGUCCUCCACGGGGGACGUCUACGCCUGGGGGAGCAACUCCGAGGGCCAGCUGGGGCUGGGCCACACCAACCACGUGCGGGAGCCCACGCUGGUGACGGUGCUGCAGGGCAAGAACGUGCGCUCCUCUUUCUCAAACAAGUGCUUGGUUUCUCUUUCUGUGGCAGGUGUUUCAGUGCCUUUGCAGCUUGGUUUACCUGAUGCCAUUCCACCCCAGUAUGGGGCACUGAAAGAAGUGAGCAUUCAUACAGUGAGAGCAAGGCUGAGACUGCUCUACCAUUUCUCUGACCUCAUGUACUCUUCAUGGCGAUUACUGAACCUCAGUCCCAAUAACCAGAACAGUACAUCUCAUUACAAUGCUGGAACGUGGGGGAUCGUGCAGGGACAGCUCCGGCCCCUGCUGGCUCCGCGGGUGUACACCCUGCCCAUGGUGCGCUCCAUCGGCAAAACCAUGGUGCAGGGCAAGAACUACGGGCCCCAGAUCACUGUGAAAAGGAUCUCCACCAGGGGUCGGAAGUGCAAGCCCAUUUUUGUCCAGAUCGCAAGGCAAGUGGUGAAGCUGAAUGCGUCAGACCUUCGCUUGCCCUCCCGUGCCUGGAAAGUGAAGCUGGUUGGAGAAGGAGCUGAUGAUGCAGGUGGAGUGUUUGAUGACACCAUUACAGAAAUGUGUCAGGAACUGGAAACUGGAAUAGUAGAGCUGCUUAUUCCUUCCCCAAAUGCUACAGCUGAAGUAGGCUACAAUAGGGAUAGAUUUCUCUUUAACCCUUCAGCAUGUUUAGAUGAACAUCUGAUGCAGUUUAAGUUCUUGGGCAUUCUCAUGGGUGUAGCUAUUCGUACAAAAAAGCCAUUAGAUCUUCAUUUGGCUCCAAUGGUCUGGAAGCAACUUUGUUGUAUCCCACUCAUCUUGGAGGAUUUGGAGGAGGUAGAUCUGCUCUAUGUGCAGACCCUCAACAGCAUUCUUCACAUUGAAGACAGUGGGAUUACUGAAGAAAAUUUCCAUGAGAUGAUUCCUUUAGAUUCUUUUGUUGGCCAAAGUGCUGAUGGUAAAAUGGUUCCCAUAAUCCCUGGAGGGAACAGUAUCCCACUUACCUUUUCAAACAGGAAAGAGUAUGUGGAGAGGGCAAUUGAGUACAGACUCCAUGAAAUGGAUCGACAGGUGGCUGCUGUCAGGGAAGGAAUGUCUUGGAUUGUUCCCGUUCCUUUGCUUUCACUUCUGACUGCCAAGCAGUUGGAGCAGAUGGUCUGUGGAAUGCCAGAAAUAUCAGUUGAGGUUCUGAAGAAGGUUGUGCGAUACAGAGAAGUUGAUGAGCAGCAUCAGCUGGUGCAGUGGUUCUGGCACACCCUGGAAGAAUUUUCAAAUGAGGAGAGAGUCCUUUUCAUGAGGUUUGUGUCAGGAAGAUCUCGACUGCCAGCCAACACAGCUGAUAUCUCUCAGCGAUUCCAAAUAAUGAAGGUUGAUAGGCCUUACGACAGCUUGCCUACCUCACAGACUUGUUUCUUUCAACUGAGGCUCCCACCCUACUCCAGUCAAGUUAUCAUGGCAGAGCGUUUGCGCUAUGCAAUCAAUAAUUGCAGGUCUAUAGACAUGGACAAUUACAUGCUCUCCCGGAAUGUGGACAAUGCAGAGGGCUCAGACACAGAUUAUUAACAUUCUGUGAACAAAAUCAUCUUCCUUUUACUACAAAUAGUGCCCUAAGUCCAAUUCAUCGUUGACAUAAUUUUACAGUAACCAUAGAUGUUUUAGGAGCAUAAAACCAGAUCUUAAUAGAUGGUGGCCACACUUUAGUUACUCUAAAUGUAACAAAAAAUUAGAUGUUUUUAUUUUUUUGUGAUUGUAAAAAAGGAAAAACAAAACAAAAAACUAUGAUCGGUAAGUUUUUUCUCCUUUUUUGGUCACUUUUGAUAAGUUUGCAUGGAGACAUUUUGGUGCAUUUUUGUUGGGAAUAGUACAUUUGUAAGCCCUCCCAGUGAACAUGAAGAGUUGUACAUUGUGUAUAAUUGUUCAUUAGCCAGAACAGUUUUACAUGAAUAUUCACAUAUUUAUUUUGUUUCAAUUUGAAUUGCCUGUGCAGGGUUCUUUCUGCAGAGAAAAAUAAAGCAAAUUCAAGACUCGGUUGCUUGUA